AUGUUUAAGUCCGUUGUCCGUGCGGUGGGAGCCGCUGUUCGUCUUUCCUCGGCGUCCACAGCGCGAGCCGCGCCGCUCAGCUGGCCGGCUGUGUGCGCUCCCCGCUCGGCCACAGCGCGGCCUUUCACCCGCUCCCUCUGGAUGAUGAGUAACAGCGGAGCUUCUUCAGGAUUCAGACCCAAACUCUUCAGCUCCAAAGUGCUGAACCCGUCGAUGUCGUGUGGAUGUGGAGCGCUGCACACGGAAGGUGAUAAAGCAUUUGGUGAAUUCCUGUCCGAUGAAAUCAAAGAAGAGAAGAAGAUCCAGAAAAACAAAAAUCUUCCUAAAAUGUCUGGAGAUUGGCAGCUGCUGAUGAAUGGCACAGAGAUUAAACUCACAAGAAAUGUUUCUGGAGAAAAAGUCUCUGUCACAUUCAAUGUCAACAACAGCAUUCCUCCAAACUUUGAGGAGGAAGCAGAUCAAGGAGACCAGAAAGCCCCAGAGGAGCCAGAAAUCAAGUCGACACCCAACUUUGUUGUUGAAGUAACAAAACCGAAUUCAGAUCAUUCCCUGGUGUUUGACUGCCAUUAUCCUGAAGACGAGAUGAGCCAUGGUGAAGGAGAAGAGGAGAGUGACAUCUUCGCUGUUCGUGAGGUCAGUUUCCAGCCAGAGGGAGAUGCGGAGUGGAAGGAGACCAGCUACACGCUGAACACAGACUCACUGGACUGGGCCCUGUAUGACCACCUGAUGGACUUCCUGGCUGACCGCGGGGUUGAUAACACUUUUGCUGAUGAACUGACUGAGCUGAGCACCGCCAUUGAGCAUCAGCAGUACAUCAAAUUCCUAGAAGACCUCCAAAGCUUUGUCAAAUGUAACUAAUGUGUUGUAGUUAAAUAUACUUAAUUUUGAUCCAUGAUGAUAUAGUAAGACCGAAGCAACGUUUUCAGCACUUGUGGAAUGAUACCAGCGAUGGUGACUCACUUUAGUGUCUGUGUCUGGAGUUUUUGCAUUUAGACCUGUUGCAGAUGUUUCCUUCUCUGUUGAAAUGUCUAUUUUCUGCAAGUUAAAGUAGGUUCAUAUGUGAAGGCAGGUCAUGACAGUGUGCAGAAAGAAAAUCGCUCUGUGGUACUGCUGCGAUCCAAAAAUGACCAAGUCACUAUUUGUAAAUAAACACCUGAAAUUCAAUAAAUGGUGAGAUUUUUGGACAUGUG